CCGCCGAGGGUGACACGGGGACAUCUCCGGUGCCACCCUUGGGGACAUCUCCGGUGCCCCCCGCCGAGGGUCCCCAGCAGGACGCGGAGGAGGCGCAGGCCCUGGAGCUGGCCCAGACAGAGGAGCUGGCCCUGCAGCUGGCCGAGGCCGUGGCCUUUGGGGACGAGCUGGUGGCGGCGCAGAGCGCAGUGGCGCUGGCCCGGCGGCACGCGGAGCUGAGCGUGCGCCUGCGCCACAGGGACCCGCCCGGGGGCCACAUCAGCAUGCCGGUGGGGGUGGAGGAUGCCACGUCGUCGGCCAGCAUCACCCUGAGGGUGCAGCCCCAGCUCAGCAUCGGCUCCCUCAAGGAGCAGGUGUUCCGUGAGUACGGGUUUCCCCCCGCGGCGCAGCGCUGGAUCAUCGGGCAGAGCCUGUGCCGGGACGGGCGCAGCCUGGCCUCCUACGGCAUCCGCCGGCACGGCGACCCCGCCUUCCUCUUCCUGCUCUCCGCGCCGGGAACGGGGGCAGAGCCGGGAGCGGAGCCGGGAACGGCACCGGGAGCGGAACCGGGAACGGGAGCGGAGCCGGCCCCGGGCCCCGAGCGGCUGCGCGAGCUGCAGGUGCAGGGGCUGCUGCGCGCCGCGGGGCUGCACGGACACGGGGACGGACACGGGGACGGACACGGGGACGGGGACAGCGCACCUGGCACAGUCUGCUGCUCCUGCUUCUUCCUCAUCCUGUUCCAUCAUCACCAUCCUCAGCUUCUCUUUUCCUCACCAACCUCAGUCUGCUGCUCCUGCUUCUUCCUCAUCCUGUUCCAUCGUCAUCAUCCUCGGCCUGCCCUUUCCUCACCAUUCUCAGCCUGCUCCUGCUCCUGCUCCUGCUCCUUCCUCAGCAUCACCAUCAUCCUGCUCCUUUCUCCUCAUCUUCACCCUGAGCCCCGCCCGCCCUCACCUGAGCAGGGCUGGCCGUGCCCCCGGUGCACGUUCCUGAACAAGCCCACCCGCCCGGGCUGCGAGAUGUGCAGCGCCCCCCGGCCCGAGGGGUACCGGGUGCCCGGGGGGCACCGCCCCGACCCCGCCGAGCUGCGGCGCCUGCAGCGGGAGCGCGACGGCGCCCGCCAGUGCCAGCAGGCGCUGGAGGCGGAGCGGCAGCGGAACCUGGCGCAGCUGCUGCGCGCGGACGAGGCGGGGCUGGUGCCCAACCCGGAGCCGCUGGAGUGCCAGAUCUGCCUGCAGCCGGUGCCCGCGGGCCGCGCCGUGCUGCUGCGCGACUGCCUGCACAGCUUCUGCCGGGAGUGCCUGCGCCAGGUGAUCAACUUCAGCGAGGAGCCGGUGGUGGCCUGUCCCUUCCGCGAUGUCACCUACGCCUGCGGCAGCCACCUGCAGGAGCGCGAGAUCCGCGCGCUGCUGUCCCCCGAGGAGCACGCGCGGUUCCUGGCGCGGGGGCUGGCGCUGGCCGAGCGCCGCAGCCGGAACAGCUUCCACUGCCGGGGCCGGGACUGCCCGGGCUGGUGCUUCUGCGAGGACGCCGUCAACGAGUUCCGGUGCCCGGUGUGCGGGGCCCUCAACUGCCUCCUCUGCAAGGUGCGCGGGGGUCCCGGGGGGGUCCCGGGGGGUCCCGGGGCGCUGGAGGCGGAGCGGCAGCGGAACCUGGCGCUGGAGGUGGAGCGGCAGCGGAACAUGGCGCUGGAGGCGGAGCGGCAGUGGAACCUGGCGCUGGAGGCGGAGCGGCAGUGGAACCUGCUGACCUUUGACCCCCGAGUGACCCUGCCCUGUCCCCAGGGUCCCGGGGACACCAGUGGCGGCUGUCGCUGCAACGUCAACGGGCAGAGGUGCCACCCCCGGUGCCAGAACUGCCACUGAGCCCCCCGGGGACACCGAGGGACAGACGGACGGACGGACGGACAGAGCUGGCACCGGGCCGGAGCCGCCCCAGGGCCUGGGAGGGGCCGGCGGGGACAGAGAGGAGGGACACACGGACAGAGGAUGGACACACGGACGGAGCCCGGGAUGGACACUGGGACAGAGGAUGGACACACAGACAGAGCCCGGGAUGGACACACGGACAGAGCCCGGGAUGGACAUGGGACAGAGGAUGGACACACGGACAGAGCCCGGGAUGGACACACGGACAGAGCCCGGGAUGGACACUGGGACAGAGGAUGGACACACGGACAGAGCCCAGGAUGGACACUGGGACAGAGGAUGGACACACAGACAGAG